UAAUUAUGAGACGACAAUUUCCUUUUGACAGUAAAGGCCGAUGAUUAUUAAGAUAACGGCGGCUGGCCGCCAUUAAACAACGGAACUAAAAGCUCUAAUUACGCAGAGCUUAGACUGCAGAUUAAGCCUUAAUCACCCAAUCCACAUAUUUGCCUUCAAAAUCUUCUCGCUUAAUUACUAUCCGAAGUUUAUAUUGGCUAUACACAUUUAUACAUGCGAUAGCAAUUAUGAUUGCGUGUGCAGUGGCGAUCAUCCCAAUGUCUAGAACCUCGUUUAUCCGAGCAGAGCAACCGCUCGCUCCAGAUCUCGCCGCCGACAAUACAACCGGCAGAGGCGGCGGCGCCACCUCUCGCCGCCGAGACAUCGUCUUCAUCGUUAAUCCUCGAGGAGCUAAUGGAAGGACCGGCAAGGAGUGGAAGAAGCUGUUGCCUUACCUGAGGUCUCGCCUUGAUUCUGAUUGCAAUAUAUGCGAAUCUUUGACUUCUGGUCCUUGCCAUGCCAUUGAUAUUACAAGAGAGGCCAUCCGUGAGGGUGCUGAUGCAGUGAUUGCAGUAGGAGGUGAUGGAACCCUUCAUGAGGUGGUUAAUGGCUUCUUCUGGGGUGGGAAACCAGUUUCUGAUCACGACCAAUCUGGCCAUACAACUGCUCUUGGUCUUAUUCCGUUGGGAACUGGAUCUGACUUUGCCAGAACAUUCGGCUGGAAAAAUGAUCCUCAUGAAGCCAUUGAACGCAUUUCUAGAGGGAUAAGAUCUCGCAUUGAUGUUGGCGUCAUCGCUGGAGAAAGUGCAGAGUUGCACUAUUUCAUAAAUGUUGCUGAUGUUCAUUUGAGCGCUAAGGCUGGUUAUUAUGCAUCAAGAUACAAGAAGUUUGGAAAUUUCUGUUAUGUUAUAGGUGCUUUGCAAGCAUUUUUUGGCCAUCACAAUCAGGAUCUUAGAAUAAAGGUUGAUGACGGUGACUGGGAAGUUUAUUCCCAGGUAACAGCUCUUUGCAUUGGGAAUGCCAAAUAUUUUGGUGGUGGAAUGAAGAUUACACCAAAUGCAGACCCGUCUAGCAGGAAUUUUGAGGUGGUGGUUCUUCAGGACUUCAAAUGGUAUGAUUUCAUCCUCAAAAUGCACAAGCUAUACAACGGUACACACUUGUCUGUGAAAAACGUAUCUUCUAGAAGUGCACGUACAAUUGAAGUCGAGGAGAUUGCUAGCCGUCACAGUAUCUUUGUCCAGUCGGAUGGGGAAUAUUUGGGAUUCCUUCCAAGAAAGUUCAGCAUUUUGCCUGGUGUAAUAGAAAUGAUAUGCUAGCGUCUCCCUCAAAUAAGAACAAUUUAGAAAGAGAAUGAAUUCCAGUUUUGUCGAGUCUGUGUACUUGUAUGCUAGCAUCUCCAUCAGAUAAGAACAAGUUAGAAAGCGUUGCUCCCGUGUCAAUGAAUUCCAGUUUUGUCGAGUCUGUGUACUUGUCCCGUUGGAUAGCAAAUAUUUGGGAUUCCUUCCAAGAAAGCUCAACAUUUUGCUUAGUGCAAUAGAUAUGAUACACUAGCAUCUCCCUCAAAUAAGAGCAACUCUCACUGUGAGAAAGGAUGCCGACUUGGGUUAAUGAUAACCUUUUUGGGGCGAUAGCGAUGCAGAAAAAGAAUAGGGGCCAAUGUUCAAUGUUCUAACAUUACUCUUGGACUAUAUUUCUGGAUUUUUUAUAGUUUCUUCGUCUUCUUCGUUU